AUGGCCCAAGCUUUCAGGGAUUCGAAGCCCUAUAAAACCGGUAGGAAGGUCUUUGAUUUUCUUCUUGCACAAUGGUUUUUUAUUCUUCUAGCAGUAUUCAUCGUGCUUGCGUGGCGAUGGCCCAGCUUCGCCAAGCAAGGAGGCACUAUUAAGGCCGAGUAUUCGAUCGGAUAUGGCGCUGUUGCAGUGAUUUUCCUUAUCUCCGGACUCUCGAUUAGUAGCCGAGAGUUUGCGGCUAAUUUGUCCCACUGGCGUGCCCAUUUCACCGUUUUGACCUCUUCUUUUUUGAUCACGUCUUCGAUAAUUUAUGGAAUAGUUUCUGGAAUCAAGGCAGCGCAAGAUUCUGCGAUCGAUAACUGGCUUUUAGUCGGGCUCAUCGUGACACAUUGCUGCCCAACGACUGUUUCUUCAAAUGUCGUGAUGACAAAGGCUGCAGACGGAAACCAUGUUCUCACAGUUUGCGAGGUUCUUAUUGGCAAUUUACUAGGUGCUUUUAUCACCCCGGCCUUGGUGCAGAUGUAUUUGACGGGAACUUGGGAGUUUGGAAAUCCCACCUACGAGGCUGGGAUCAGCGUUCUGCAGCUAUAUGCGAAUGUGAUGAAACAAAUCGGGCUUUCUGUGUUUGUGCCGCUUUUCGUGGGCCAGGUCGUGCAGAACAUCUUUCCAAAACAAACGAAAUGGUGCUUGACAACCUUCAAGUUAAACAAGGUCGGCUCAUUCAUGUUGCUUUUAAUCAUGUACCAGUCGUUUUCGACGGCUUUUGCGCAGGACGCUUUUACGUCUGUGAGCCAUGCAUCGAUCAUUUUUUUGGUCUUCUUUAACAUUGGCAUUUACCUCUUUUUCACCGUGCUCGUAUACUUCUACCUGCGACCACCAUUCAUUCUAUGGUGGUUUCCUACAGAGCCCACCUCAGAAUCGACAAAAGCAUACACGUGGGGCUAUAAGUUUUUGCGCCCUUUUUAUUAUAACCGUCGAGAUACCGUGUCCAUGAUGUUGUGUGGACCUGCGAAGACAGCUGCACUAGGCGUCUCACUAAUAUCCGCAGAGUACGGGGCCACUAAUGCGAAACUAGGAAUUUUGCUCGUACCGCUAGUUCUAUACCAAGCUGAGCAAGUGUUUACGGCCCAAAUACUCGUGAAGUUCAUGAAAAAAUGGGUGCAUGCCGAAGACGCUGUAUCUAACGACGAAGAGUCAGUGCCACAUGCUGAUGAGACUACGCAAAGUCCUUCAAAUGAGACUUUUGAUACGGCAUCUAAUAAAAUGACAGGUAGAAAAUCUCUCACAGUCAUGGCCGUUAUGUAG